UUUCCCUUUCGUCCCGUCGUCCAUCUUGUAUUUUCUUGUCAUUGAACAGUUGUGCUGUUUAGCGCCGUUCGUGUAAAUUUUAAUACUGCAAUAUAUCUUAAUUUUUUUAGAUCCUUACGAUUAUUGCGGUAGUCAUUAUGGCCACCGAAGAAACUAAAGAGAUCAAAAUGGAAGUUGAAGAAGCAAAUGAUUCGUUGGAGACUCCAACAGAGCAGACUGCUUCUGAGGAAAUUAAACCUGAGGACAUAAAAUCCGAGGAAAAUAACGCCAAAGAGAAUGGAGAUAGUCCCAAAAGUACAGAUAAACCGAAAAACGGAGAUAAACCAGAAACUGCUACUGAAGCCAAACCACAUUACAGAGUAAAAAUUAGUGGUUUGCCUCGAUUUUAUAAGCCAACAGACCCCUUGUUGGGAGGAUUCAAGAACCUGCUGAAGAGAACAUUAGGGCUGGACUUCAAGUACAUUCGCUCACCGAAGAAAGGCAAUUCUUGGCUCUAUGUCACCUUCUACAACCAGGCUGACCAAGAGAAGGCUCUGAAAGCCUUGAAACACUACACGUGGAAGGGCAGGACACUGAUUUGCACAUUGGUAGUAGCCGAUGUCCUCAAGCGCAAACAAGAAGACUCGGGACCUGAGGCCUCCAAGAGACCCAGAUUAGAUAUCCCAAUUGAAGAGCAAAUGUUGAUGUCAACCAUUCCGUACUAUUCUGUUUCCUAUAAUGAGCAGCUUUCUAAGAAGAAUGAAGAAGCACAAUGUUUAUUGAAAUGGCUGGCUGAGUGUAUGGAGAAGAAGACUCCCCAACUUAUAGGUUAUAUUGAUCAGGAAAUUGCCAAGAAUCCAAGAACAAGACUGCCAUUUAAACUGGAUGAAGUGAGGUCAUCUCCAUUGAUCGAUGGUUAUCGCAAUAAAUGCGAAUUCAGAAUUGGUCUCCACCCUCAGACCAAGAAAGUGAUAGUGGGCUACCGAGUGGACAACCAGGAGGGGGAUAAUAUAGCAGUGGCGCCACCAGAUUCUCUCCGGCAUUUGCCUAAGGAGAUGUUGGAAGUUGUCAAGGUGUUUGAGAAGUUUGUACAAGAGUCACCACACCCACCUCAGAUCCAGAAUCACGACACGGGUGUGUGGCGGCUGCUUCACGUCAGGAUCAACAAGGCCAAGCAGCUGAUGGUGGUGGUGCUUAUUAACCCCACCGUACUCUCUCCCGAGAGCCUAGUACAGCUCAAGACAGAUCUAAUCAAGUAUUUCACUGAGGGACCAGCUGGUUCAUUCAAUGUCGUAUCCCUCUAUCUUCACACCGACAACGAUGUCAAGACACUCGGUGGUGGGGACAAGGUCAAGCGGCCAACAGGUCAGCUGGAGUUGCUGUGGGGACAGACGCACAUGGAGGAACAGCUGCUGGACCUCAACCUGGAGAUAGACCCCAACUUUUACUUCCAGAACAACACAUUCGGUGCCGAGGAGCUGUACAAAGCUGUGAUGGAGUUGGCAGGUGUUGAUGAAGAGACAACUGUUUUGGAUCUUUGUUGUGGCAGUGGCGGCAUGGGCAUGAUGUUUGCCAAGCGCUGUAAGGAAGUCAUUGGUGUGGAGGUAAUGGACGUGAACGUGGACGAUGCCAAACGACUGGCUGCAAAGAAUGGACUCACCAAUUGCGAGUUUCUGCAAGGCUCUGUAGAUGACCUAAUGCCUGAACUGGAAGAGAAGCUGAAAGGAAAGAAGGUGGUGCCUAUCCUGGAUCCACCCAGAGUUGGCAUAAGUAACAAAGCAAUCGCCAGCAUCAGAAAGUCAAAAGAAAUCAGUCGUCUAAUAUACAUAAGUUCCAAUCACAAACCACCAGUAAAAAACCUGCUAGAUUUUGCGAAUGUAGAUGCAAACUCACCUUUUGAGGGUUUGGACCCAUUUGUUGUAAAACGAGUUCUUCCUCUGGACACUUCACCCCACACGUUACGUUGCGAACUGGUGUUCAUGUGCGAACGCCUGGCCACAAGUGACAUACCCAAGCCUAACCGACUCACACUUACCAGUUCCAAGAAGAUAUCAGUAAAGAAGAUCUCAUCUCAACUGAAAAAGCACUAUUACGACUCAAAUGCUAAUCAAGGGGGUCGAUCAAAUUAUUUCCCAACCGAAGAAAUGGUUAGAAGAUAUUCAAACACAAGGAAACCUCAGCAAGAGAUAGAUUACCAGAAACGGGACUCGUUAUACCCACCCCCUCUUCGGGGCGCUUUGUACCAAGGCCACGAAGAAGAUCGACCGUACUAUCCGCCUGCCAAGGAUGUGUAUCCGGAGAGGUAUUCUACUCGGCACGAGUCAAACUACAGUUCCAGAGCCGUCCCGGUGUCCGACAACAGAGAUUUGGCGAGAUAUAACAGUUUCCGUAGAGAUAUGGAGGAUGCCCUCAAUGAAACGAGUUAUUACACUCCGGGGAAACAGCUGACUUCCAGAAAGCUUGCGUACGCUAACGCUCUUCUCGAAGAAGGUAUUAGGAUAGCUUCAGAGGUACUGGAUGAUGGUUACACGCGAAGGCCUUCAUCAAGUGGUUAUUACAGCAGGCAAAGAAAUCCGAGAACCGGUAAUAAGUAUAGGUAUUAAGAGUAAUAUUUAAAUUGUCUGUGUUUGCACAGUAUUUACAGUACUGACCACGUAACUAUGGAGGUACUUGAGUGUUUCAGGGAAUUAAGAUAGUUGCAAUAUAACAGUUUGGCUGCUACUGGGAACACUUUUAUACAAAACUUUAAAUUUCUUUCUGCCCUAUCUUUGCAAAUUUUCACUAUAAAUUAAAUUCUAGAUGUUCCUGUUUUCUUUAAGGAAACAUUCCAAUUUUCAAAUAAAAAUAUGAAGUGAAAAGUUAUCAGGAUGAAUAUACUAAUAUUAUUAGUAAAAUUCAGAUUAUAAUUUCUUCCAUUUGUAACUGAAUGGAAUGUAUAAUCAUCAAAGACAAAUGAACUUUGUUUAAAUUGGAAAAAACCAUUACACAUUGGUUUUGUAACACUAUACUUGUAAAACUGAGAGAAUGUUAGUGUCGUUUAUGCAGCAGAUAUUACAUGCUUAUCCUUUACUUGCCAACAAUUCCAAUGAGUCCGCGUUUAUUAUUUAUUAAGUAGUAUAAUUUUAAAAAAUUUUAAAGUUUCUAUUUUAUAUCUUAUUGUCAAAGAAAAAUAUUAAAAACCUAAUGAAAAUUUAAUUUUUGAGAUUUAGUUGGCAGCAUUUUGAAACUAUAAUUUCCUAUUUAAACAGGAGGUUUAUUUAUUCCAAAAUAGCAAUAAUAUAAAAACUGCCACAGAUUGCUAUAUGGUUACUACUGGAUAGAAAAUUCAAUAAAAUCAUCUGUUAUGGUUGCAUUAUAUAUUAAACAGUUAACAAUUAAUAAGCUGUAAACGAUUGACAGUCCGUUUUCUGUAGCCUUGUGCCAUGUUGUAAUAAAAUACAAAAUUCUUGUAGUGCUUACUUAAUCAAAACGAUAAUAUGAAGUAGACAGUAUGUUAAAAAAAACUUUGUAUUAAACUGUAGAACUUUAAAUGUAUUUAUGCCAUAACAGUAAUAAUUAUCUCUAAAACAUAAAGACACGCCUUACCUGCUUGUGUAUUUUAUAUAAAUCCACUUUUGGUAUUUCGUAAAAUGUGCGUCAGUAAAGGUAUAACACACAAGUAUAUUAAUACCUCCAAACUGCUUGAUUAUUUCAUAAUUUAAUUAUAUGUAUUAAACAAUAGUUCUUUCAAUUCAUGUUUUGCAGGUAUUAGUAAUAUAAUUACCCUAAUCAUAUAUAAUUAUUGUAUAGCUAGGAGCGUUAUUCCCAAAGAACUAAAAUUAUAGGUUGAUCUUACUAGUUGAAUUUCAGGGAGUAGUAAUCAAUUUCGGCUCAAAAGCAACGUCACGCUGCAACUUGAUGUUUGUAUUUUUUCUGCCUAAUUUUAUAAUUCUUGAAGAAGAAAAUAACUUGUCAUUGAUGAAUUUCUCGAGGAACUCUAUAGGGUUGUUUGUAAACGCAAAUUAAAAUUUGCCAUGUGUGGCUACUUCCUUCACAGCUUUAACCAUCUGAUCCUGAAGGGGAGCUAAUUUAUAUACUUCUGAAACCAAUACUUCUUACCAAUCACCAGUACUACUUCAAAUAUCUUAUUCAUUGUCAGUGUGUUCACCACUAUUUAAUAUUUCCUUCUCUAUCUAAUGAUUUUAUCACAUGUUGAUUGGACUCGACAAGUUUUAUAUGUAAAGUAUUCUAACUUUCCACAAUGUCAGUCUUGUUUUUUUUUUUUUGUUUUUUUCCUUUAGAUUGUUCUCAAUUGUAGCUAUUGACGAUGGAUAUGUACGAGUAUAGUGUAUAUAUGCUCGUAUAUUGGAUAAACUGUUGAAAACGGAUCUAUAAUCUGUAAGAUGAUCUUAAUUGACGGAUCUAUAGUUUUUUAUAUACUGAAAACUGUGAGUAAUGUUUAAAUAAGUUUAACUAAAGAAAACUUCAAGAAUAGUAAACGAACAGAAAGUUGCAAGCUGAAUGAUGCCUUACCUGUUGAGGAGUACUGACUCCUUUAACCGCCUACCUGUCUGAGGUACUAGAGUAAGCAAAAUUAUCAUUAAUAGACUCCAGGGAGUAAAGAGAACUGUUUAGUUGUAUAUUUAUUCAAAAUGUAUUAAAACAUAACAGAUCAACAUUUAUUACCUUAUAAUACUAUCUUGGCUUUAAAACUGUACAUUCUGUUUUAUUUAGAAUUUUGACAAAGUAUGGUAAUUUUAUAAACACAACAUGCUACUUCACAUUUACACCCACAGUUCACAGUUAAAAUACGUUUAUUUAUUAACAGUUUUUUUUUUUAUAUACAUGAUCCUAUGUGCCUCGCACGGCACGUGCGGGAUUCUGAAAAUCAAGCAUUAUUAAUACACUUUUUCCAUAUAGCUACCAUACAGUGCAAUACUCCCAGGAAAAGUCUACUCUACAGUUAAAUUACUUUUUAUAACUAAUAAUGAUAACAAUAAGAAUUUAUAAUAACAAUUUAAAACUAGUAAAUGCAACAUUUUAAAACAAAACUAUAUCCCAACAAAACACCUUUUCUGACUAAAAGUUAUUCAAGUGAAGUGGUACUUAGUGCACUCAUAAGCAGUUUCUUUUACUCUCAUGUAGUAUUUAAGCACACAAAGCAGCGUUUGAAUUUAUUUUUUUAUGAUCGUAAAGCCUGGUACCACAAAUUACUUCUGGUUAAGGUGGUUUUCUUUUAGUACGUCAAAUGUGGUUUGGUAAACCUAGGUUCGUGGGAUGAGAUGCUGACCAAUCCGUUACCAAAAGGGAUGACUGAUAGAUACCUUGUAAUGUGGUCUUUAAACGAGUUGGAUCAGAAUCUCUUAUCUGUGAUUACUCCGUCCCCCUCCCUCGUGUAUUAGGAUAGAUUGUUUUUUAAGGCGUUGUUUUUAAUAAUUGCUCCUGAAUACAAAACAGUUACAAAAAUACACACGCUUCUGUCAAGAAAAUUUAAUUUUUUGUGUAACGUAUUAUUUUUUAAUCUUUGGAAUUUGAUCUGUGUCACCAGUAAAAGAAUAUUUUCUUUUCAAUUACCAUAAUUAAUUAGUGCGAUUUUUAAUAUAAAUUUAUUGAAACUGCUUCAAACUAUAACAAUGUCCAAAAUAUUAGCAUUAGAGAUCUUUUUGUAGGAAUCUACCUCUAAAAAGAAUUAAACGGUGAUAGCUGAACUAGAGGUUUGUUGCUAAUAGUAAGAACAUUGGAAACUAAAUUUAAUAGGAAGUGCAAUUUAACUGGACCUAUUCUUAAGACUGAAUGAUUUAUAGUUUUCUAGUUAGAAUAAUUUUUCAGAUUUAUUAUUUAAUAUUUAUGAGAUAUUUAUCUAUAUGUUUAGUAUCUUGUUUUAGUUAUUAUUGCUUUAAAAUACAUAUUCUUUAUUUAUACUAUUGUUAUUAAAGCAGUUACCUUAUGAUUUUAUUUUCAGUAAAUUUGAACUAUUCUUUGAGUAUUAUGUAUUGUCAUGUCAUAAGAUAUUAUUUGUGAAUAUAAUAUAAUUUUGUUAUUUUGUAA